GUGACUAUUUCCCUGCCCUUUGGCUUGGGCAAGUGUUCAGCUGCUGUUCACCGACCUUUGCUGCUCCUGCCACCUGCUGCUAUCAUGAGCCGGCCCAGCCGGCUGCAGAGGCAAGUUCUGAGCCUGUACCGCGAGCUUCUGCGCGCUGGGCGCGGGAAGCCGGGCGCCGAGGCGCGGGUGCGGGCCGAGUUCCGGCAGCACGCCAGCCUGCCACGCACCGAUGUGCUGCGCAUCGAGUACCUGUACCGCCGCGGACGGCGCCAGCUGCAGCUGCUGCGCUCCGACCACGCAAAGGCCUUGGGUGCUUUCGUGCGCCCGCGGGGCCCGACGGAGGAGCCCGGCGGCGCGGCGGCUCUGGGGACCCCGUCCGAAGAUGGUGAUGGUCCAAGGAACCCUCUGGACAGCUCCGGGGCACCGGAGAUCCGACCCGACGGACGAUGACAGAAGAGCUCUUUCAGUAGUGCAGGGGGCCCGCUUGGCUCCUUGGAGGGGCCCGAGAACCCAUCUGAUGGAAGGUGAGAGGUCUCGAGAAACUAGCUCCACGGAAACAGCCCUCCUGGCGACGUGAGCGUAGAGAGCCCAGUGGUGGACCGUGAGAGAUGUCCGACCUUUCCCCAUACCUGGUGGCAGGUCAGUUCCCCCACCCCCAGUGAGGGCUUGGGGUGGCCUGGGAGGCUGAACAGUGCCGUGCGGAGAUCAACUUAUCCAGAGUCAUGGGGAGCCCAGACGCCCCCUCCCUCUGUAAUGGACGAAGAGCCUGAGCCCCUUCUCUUCACCUCUGAGAAUACAUUUACCCCUGACUCUUGAAGGGACUGCCCUUUCCUGUAUUUAACUGAGAAGAGCAGGUUUUUUGCUGAGAAGCACUUUGGAAAGAUGCACUGAUGAACCGUGAGCAGCCUGCAAUCCCCUUUGGAAAACCUUACUCCCCUCACCCCACCUCCAUACAUUGUGUCAAACUGGAACCAUGAGGAAGGGUUGGGGGUUCUCACCCCCAGCUGAUCAGCUCAAGAAUCCGUAUUCAUUUGUUCUAAGGGGCAACCCCAACUCUUGUGCUUCUUCUUUCUCAGGACUGUUGCACAAAAGGAAUAAAAUUGGGGAUGUUCUAUGUCCCUGUUCUUAAGG